AUGAUGAACGCCGUCAGUCAUUGUUGUGUAAAGGCAAAUUUUAUCAAAGCAGCUAAGGAUAAUUGGGUUCCCUGUGAAAUUCGCCUACUCACUGAUGACAUGGACACUUUCCUAUGCAUAAAAUCACGUCCUCUUGGGUUCGGUCAAACGGAAGAGGAUUUGAAGAGCAUUUUCUCCGGUUUCUCAAGUACGGGAACUCUCUCGAGCAAAAAUAACUCAAUCCACCUCCCUUCAGUGACCCCAGUAGCCCGUGCUUUCACAGCCCUCUGCAAUCUCUCUGAGUACAAAUCAUGCACUGUUGUUACCGUCGAAAUUAACGAAUUUGGUUACUUUGCUCUCAAAUUAAUACCAGCUGGCAUUUUUGGAAACAAACGUCUAUAUCUGGCCAUGUCAAGUGAAACAGAGGCUACCACAUGGAUGUCUAUGAUUAAAGCCAAUUUGGGAAAACGAAAGAAAGUUAACAGAAACUCAUUAACCCAAUCCCGAGACUCCUUAGUGGGUACUCUACGUCCAUCAGAUAGUCAUGACACCCUUCGUGGAGACUCGACACUUAACUCCAAUAAUCGUUACGAACUUGACAUUGAUACAAUCGACAAUGAGGUAUAUGAACCCUGUUCAGCACAGGAUCUUAUUCCAGCAGUGAUUCAACAUCGUGGUGAUUGGGAGAAACUUCGACUCGCAAAAAUGGACUGUUUUCUGCGUCUCACAGAUGAUCGCUUGGAAUUACUUGAUCAUAAUGGUGAACGUGUGCUCCAUUGGUUUCCCUAUCUUCUCAUUCGAAGGUAUGUUAGUGCUUUUUUCCCAUCUUUAAUUUCACAUUAG